UCCUCGCGCGCGGCCGCCGGGCUCCCCCGCCCCCCGCCCCCCCCCGCAGCCACCGGGGGAGGGGGCAGAGGCGGGGCCGGGGCGGGGCCGCAGCAUCCCGGGGUGGGGGGUGGGAGAGGGGGCGGAGGGGGAGCCCCUCGGUAACCGAAACCGAAAGAGGGGGCCGGGGAGGCAGGCGGAGCCCAGCCCCAGGCCCCGCCCCUGCCCUGCGCAGCAGCCGGCAGGACGGUCGCGCCCAGCCUGGGGGUCCCCCCCCCCCGGAACGCGCACCCAUCCCCCGCGGGGACCCCGGGAGCCGCCACCAUGUCCCAGGAAGGGGUGGAGCUGGAGAAGAGUGUCAGGCGUCUGCGGGAGAAAUUCUAUGGCAAGGUCUCCAACAAGAAAGCGGGGACAUUGAUGAGGAAAUUUCACAGCGAUCACACAGGAGUGGGGCGCUCCAUCGUGUACGGAGUGAAACAGAAAGACGGACAGGAACUGAGCAAUGACCUAGACUCGCAGGACCCUCCAGAAGACAUGAAACAGGACCGAGACAUCGAGGCGGUGGCCACGUCCCUCCUGCCGCUGACCCAAGCCAAUCUGCGAAUGUUCCAGCGGGCCCAGGAGGAUCUCAUCCCCGCCGUGGACCGGCAGUUCGCCUGCUCCUCCUGCGACCACGUCUGGUGGCGCCGUGUGCCCCAGAGGAAGGAGGUUUCCCGUUGCAGGAAGUGCAAGAAGCGCUAUGAGCCGGUGCCCAACGACAAGAUGUGGGGCCUGGCUGAGUUCCACUGCCCCAAAUGUCGGCACAACUUCCGGGGCUGGGCGCAGAUGGGGUCCACGUCCCCCUGCUACGGCUGCGGCUUCCCCGUCUUCCCCACGCGCAUCCUCCCUCCCCGCCGUGACCGCGACAUGGACCGCCGCAGCACCCACACCCACUCCUGCUCGGCCGAGGACUGCUACAACCGGCGGGAGCCCCACGCUCCCGGGACGUCAUGCCCGCACCCCAAGAGCCGCAAGCAGAACCACCUCCCCAAAGUCCUGCACCCCAGCAACCCCCACAUCAGCAGCGGCUCCACCGUGGCCACCUGCCUGAGCCAGGGGGGCCUCUCGGAUGACUUGGACAACCUCAUCCUCGAAGACCUGGAGGAGGAGGAGGAGGAGGAGGACGGGGAGGAGGAGGAGGAGGAGGCCCGGCGUGGAGAGUGAUGCCGACAACACCGCCACCCCCACAUACACACACACACACAGGACCAAGCCCCCCAACUCCACCCACACCCCAAAACCCUGGCUGAUUCAAACCACACGCGAUCUGUGGCUAUUCCGUGUUAUAAAAUCAUGACUUCCA